UCAUCUUUAUCUUUUCUUUAAAAUAUAUUAUCAAGAAUCCAAAUAUAAUAUCCUCCCCCCUCAUUCAUAAACCUCACUUUCUAUUCCCAUUUCCCCUCCUUUUCUGUUAAGGCCCUCUUACAGCAAUGGUUUUGGUUGAUAACCAUGCUGCCAAAGAUGGUGCAGAAGAUGGAACUCUAGUUGAUUUUCGAGGAAAUCCGGUUGAUAAGUCUCGAACAGGGGGAUGGCUAGCUGCUGGACUCAUUCUAGGAACGGAGUUAUCAGAAAGGAUAUGUGUCAUGGGGAUAUCGAUGAAUUUAGUUACAUACUUGGUUGGAGACUUGCAUCUUCCAGCCUCCAAAUCUGCCAACAUUGUCACCAACUUCAUGGGCACACUUAAUCUUCUUGGUCUUCUAGGUGGUUUCCUUGCAGAUGCUAAACUUGGCCGCUAUUUGACUGUUGCAAUCUUUGCUUCAAUUGCUGCUUUGGGGGUAACACUUUUGACACUGGCGACGUCAAGUCGAAGCAUGAAGCCCCCUGAAUGUGACUCAAGAAAGGGUCACUGCAUUGCAGCCAGCAGCCAACAACUUGCUCUACUCUAUGCAGCACUAUACACCCUAGCUCUUGGUGGCGGUGGAAUCAAGUCAAACGUUUCUGGGUUUGGGUCGGACCAAUUUGACCCAUCAGAUCCUAAGGAAAACAAAUCCAUGAUAUACUUCUUCAACAGGUUCUAUUUCUGCAUAAGCCUGGGUUCUUUGUUUGCAGUGACUGUAUUGGUGUAUUUACAAGACAAUGUAGGAAGAGGAUGGGGAUACGGGAUAUCAGCAGGCACGAUGGUCCUGGGCGUGGCUGUAUUGAUUGGUGGAACGACAUUUUAUAGAUUCAAGAAGCCUCAAGGAAGUCCUUUGACUAUCAUAUGGAGAGUUUUGUUCUUGGCUUGGAGGAAGAGAAAGCUUUCGUACCCUUCUGAUCCUGCAUUCUUGAAUGAAUAUCACAAUGCAAAAGUACCACAUACACAUAUGCUCAGGUGUCUUGACAAGGCAGCCAUUAUUGAUGACAGUGCCACGGAAAAUGAAAAUAGCAAAAACCGUUGGAUAGUUUCAACAGUUACAGAAGUUGAAGAAGUGAAAAUGGUGCUUAAACUGAUUCCCAUAUGGUCUACAUGCAUACUUUUUUGGACAGUAUACUCUCAGAUGAAUACCUUCACCAUUGAACAAGCUACUUUCAUGAACCGGAAUGUCGGCAACUUUGCCAUCCCUGCAGGCUCCUUUUCCUUCUUUCUCUUUAUUAGCAUACUUCUCUUUACUUCCGCAAAUGAAAGGGUCACUGUACGUAUUGCCAGAAGAAUCACUCACAACGUCCAAGGACUCACAAGUCUUCAGAGAGUUGGAAUUGGACUAUUACUCUCCGUUGCUGGUAUGGUAGCUUCAGCUUUGGUAGAACGACUAAGGAGGGACCGUGCCAUCCACGACAACUUCAAAAUAAGAGCUUUUUGGUUAGUCCCUCAAUUCUUCAUUGUAGGUGCCGGGGAAGCUUUUGCCUAUGUAGGUCAGCUUGAAUUUUUCAUUAGGGAGGCACCAGAAGGGAUGAAAUCUAUGAGCACAGGCCUAUUUCUCAGCACACUCUCGAUGGGAUAUUUUGUGAGUAGCUUGCUAGUGUCCCUUGUAACAAAAGUAACAAAAAGAAGCUGGCUUAAAAGCAAUUUAAACAAAGGAAAGCUGGACCUCUUCUACUGGCUGUUGGCAGUGCUUGGAUUAAUUAAUUUCUUGGUUUUUAUUGUAUUUUCAAUGAGACACCAAUACAAGGUACAGCAUCUUAGCAGUCUUGAGGAUUCCAAAGAAGAGCUCAAGGAUUGGAAGGAUUUGACCCUCAGCAACAAGGAAAAGAAACUCGGAGCAGAGGAGAAGGAGGAAGCUUAAAUACUCUGUUAAGAUAUUUUCCAUACAAGUUCUUUUAUAGUCAAAUACAGCUAAGUAUUUCAUUAAGAUGGUGUACCAUGUCGUAUAAGCUUUCAACACAUCAUUCAUUUCCAGAGUUUGUAUUAUAGGACCAUAUUGAUUUCUCAUAGACAUCAAUACUAAUUUGCCAAAUGUAUUAAGCUUCCGUUUCAGUUAAAACAUCUGUUUUUCCUGAUA